AUGUGUCUGCGGGAGAGAUGGGCGGUAUUGACUCCAGCGCAGAUAAAAUCCAUUUGCCUGGCCAUAUUAGAGUCGGGAAAGCAAUAUGCAGUGAAGAAGAGGAAACCAUUCCCGCUCAUGUACUCCUACUAUGGGACAGAGUAUCUGGGUGCAGCCCAUGGGCUUUCCUCCAUCCUUCAGAUGUUGCUCUCCUAUUAUGAGUACCUCCAGCCAGCAGAUCAGGAGCUUGUGUGGCAGAGCGUUGACUUUCUCAUGGAUCAAGAGCAGAACAGCAACUGGCCGCCGGAGCUGGGAGAGACGAUUGAGCGGGAGAAUGAGCUUGUCCACUGGUGUCACGGAGCUCCAGGCAUUGCAUACCUGUUUGCCAAAGCUUACCUGGUUUCCAAGAAGCCUCAGUACCUGGACACUUGCAUCCGCUGUGGAGAGCUGACUUGGCAGAAAGGCCUGUUAAAGAAGGGACCAGGGAUCUGCCAUGGGGUGGCCGGUAGUGCCUAUGUGUUCCUGCUCCUAUACCGGCUCACUGGGAACUCCAAAUACAUUUACAGGGCCCAAAAGUUCGCGGAGUUCUUAUUCACAGAAGAAUUUAAGGCUGGCUCCCGGGCCUUAGAAAGCGUAUACAGUUUGUACGAAGGCUUCUCGGGGACUGUGUGUUUCCUGACUGAUUUGCUGCAGCCCAACCAGGCCGAGUUCCCUCUCUUCAGCGUCUUUGUGUAG